AGCACAGCAGCCCGCACAGGGGUUGACUGGCUCGGAGACUGGAUUUGGAGCAGGAUCUGCAGUGUGCCUGAAUCCCCACUUUUCUUCUUGGAGCCCUCGGCCCGUGGACCAUGUUCAGCAGACACUGAGUGGGCACUGACCCUGCUCUUGGGGGACGAGGCACCGGGAGACACCGGCCAUGGGCAGCUUCCAGCUGGAAGACUUUGCGGCUGGCUGGAUCGGAGGUGCAGCCAGCGUCAUCGUUGGUCACCCUCUGGACACAGUCAAGACUCGCCUGCAGGCCGGCGUGGGCUACGGGAACACGCUAAGCUGCAUUCGCAUGGUGUACAGGAGGGAGAGUGUGUUCGGCUUCUUCAAGGGCAUGUCCUUCCCCCUCGCCAGCAUUGCUGUUUACAACGCAGUGGUGUUUGGGGUCUUCAGUAACAUGCAGCGGUUCCUCAGCCAGCACCGCUGCAGGGAGCUCGAGGCCAGCCCCUCUCACACCCUGUCUGACCUGCUCCUGGCCAGCAUGGUGGCUGGCGUGGUCUCAGUCGGGCUGGGCGGGCCGGUGGACCUCAUCAAGAUCCGGCUGCAGAUGCAGACACAGCCUUUUCGAGAAGCCAAUCUCCAUUUGAAGCCCAGGGCAGUGGCUCUGGGGGAGCAGCCAGCCUAUCACGGGCCUGUGCACUGCAUGGCAACGAUUGUGCGGAGUGAGGGCCUGGGAGGCCUGUACCGGGGUGCCGGCGCCAUGCUGCUGAGGGACGUCCCAGGCUAUUGCCUCUACUUCAUCCCCUAUGUGUUCCUGAACGAGUGGAUCACACCUGAGGCCUGUGCGGGCCCCAGCCCCUGUGCUGUGUGGCUGGCGGGAGGCAUGGCAGGAGCAAUUUCUUGGGGGACAGCCACUCCUAUGGAUGUUGUGAAAAGUCGACUCCAGGCUGACGGGGUUUAUGUCAGCAAAUACAAAGGUGUCCUGGACUGUAUCUCCCAGAGUUACCGAAAGGAAGGUCUUAAAGUUUUUUUCAGGGGCAUCACUGUGAAUGCUGUGCGGGGGUUCCCCAUGAGUGCGGCCAUGUUCCUUGGCUAUGAGCUCUCGCUUCAGGCAAUCCGCAGGGACCACACAGUGACGGACCCAUGAGCCCAGGUCUUUGCUCAUGCUGUUGUCUCUGCCUGACACCCUCUUCUCACUCCUCCUCCCAUUAUCCUUGGCUUCACCAACUCCCCUUUGUCAUCCUUUGCCUUAGAAGUCUCCUCCUCCAGGAAGCCUUCCUGGAUGCCUCAGCUGGG